CAGCGGCCGCCGUCUAGGAGCCAGUGCGAGGUGCGAGAGAAGGUCCAAGGGCUGGGGUCGCGGAACCUGACGCGGAACCUGACGCUCGAACCCGGCUGGAGAUGGAAUUCGACUGUGAAGGUCUGAGACGGCUGCUUUGCAAGUACAAGUUCAGGGAUCUAACUGUGGAAGAACUAAAGAAUGUAAACAUGUUUUUCCCACAUUUCAGAUAUUCCAUGGACACCUAUGUUUUCAAAGAUGAUUCCCAGAAAGACUUGCUGAAUUUCACUGGUACUAUUCCUGUGAUAUAUCAGGGUAAUACAUAUAACAUACCAAUUCGUUUGUGGAUUUUGGAUUCUCACCCUUUUGCUCCCCCCAUUUGCUUCUUAAAGCCAACUGAAAAUAUGGAAAUCUCAGUUGGAAAACAUGUGGAUGCUCAAGGCAGAAUAUACUUGCCCUACCUCCAAAACUGGAGCCAUCCUAAAUCUGUCAUUGUAGGAUUAAUUAAAGAAAUGAUCACCAAGUUUCAAGAGGAACUUCCCCUGUAUUCUUUCUCCCCGUCUGACGAGGCACGGCAGGUGGACUUGCUAGCCUAUAUUGCAAAGAUCACUGAAGGUGUCUCAGACAUAAAUUCAAAGAACUGGGCAAAUUAUGAGAACAAAACAGUAAAGAAAAUUACCGUGGUUGGAGGUGGAGAACUAGGAGUUGCCUGCACAUUAGCAAUCUCAGCAAAGGGCCUUGCAGACAGACUCGUCCUCUUAGACCUCUCAGAAGGGACGAAGGGAGGGAUGAUGGACCUUAAUAUCUUCAACCUGCCUAAUGUGGAGAUCAGCAAAGAUCCCUCUGCCUCUGCUCAUUCCAAGGUGGUCAUCUUCACAGUUAACUCUUUAGGAAAUUCUCAGUCCUACCUUGAUGUGGUGCAGAGAAAUGUGGAUAUGUUCAGAGCCCUUGUCCCAGCUCUGGGACAUUAUAGUCCAAACAGUGUCCUGCUUGUUGCAUCUCAGCCAGUGGAGGUCAUGACCUAUGUGACAUGGAAGCUGAGUGCAUUUCCUGCAACUCGAGUGAUUGGAACUGGAUGCAAUCUGGAUUCACAGAGAUUACAGUAUAUUAUUACAAAUGUUUUGAAGGCACAAACAUCAGGAAAACCAGUAUGGGUUAUUGGUGAGCAGGGAGAAGACAAAGUGACCAAAUGGGGUGGCCAAGAAGAAGUAAUGAGUCAUAACGCUCAGGUGCAGCUGUCCGGCAGAGCCGUGGAAUUAUUGAGGGAAAAAGGUCAAAGAUCCUGGUCUGUUGGACUAUCAGUAGCUGACCUGGUUGACAGUCUUAUAAAUGAUAAAAAGAAAGUGCAUUCUGUAUCAGUCUUAGCAAAGGGAUAUUAUGAUAUAAAUAGUGAAGUGUUUUUAAGUUUGCCUUGCAUCCUGGGAACCAGUGGGGUAUCUGAAGUCAUCAGAAGCUCAGGGAAAGAAGACGGGGUGACUGAGAAGCUCCAAGGCAGCGCAUCUUCGCUCCACGAUCUCCAGCAGCAGCUAAAGCUCUGAGCCUCAAGUUCAGAGUUACCUGAAAGGAAAGGUCAUUUAGUUUUGCCAACACAUAUAGGGUUGAGAACUUCUGUAUUUUAUUACUUACUUUUACAAACUGCUUGGUCAAGGUAGGUGGUUUCUUGGUUAGUCUUGUAAUUUGAAUUCUUAAAGAGUUAGAUAAGGAGGGAGGAAAAUCCAGUUUUCUUUGUUGUUCUUGGGAUAUCUGUGUUCUUUCAACCUGGAGCAGAGAUAAGCAUGACCUGCAGUUACAUCACGUAAAACUCCGUAUCCUCAACUAAAGGCAUGUUCAGCACUUCGGGAAUAUUUUGAAAGUAAUACAUUUUUAGAAGACAGUUACUCCUUGACAGUUACAGUAAACAUGAUGAGCUGAAGGCCCAUUGUGGAUUUAGGAAAUCUGUGCUAGGUGUGCAAAGGAUCCACAGUUUAAGGUAUUGUUUCUUCCUUAAAAUACAGUUGACAGUAAUGGUAGUAAAGCAUUUUGUUUUCCCUCUUCGAUUAAUUAGCUACCAAAGUAUGGAAAAGAAUUUACAUGUACUUUAAAAUAGUAAAGGGGAAAAUGAAAAAUUUUUAAACAUAUGAAGACAAAGUAUAGUUUAACUUCUAGUGGGACUGUCCUCUUUGAAAUUUUCUAUAAUCUCUUUCUGGGCUAUAUCAGAUCUCUAAUAUAUCAUAAACUCACUGUAAUAUUAGUAGAAUCAUAGAGAAAUGUGCAUUUUGAUGGUGAACAAGAGCCAAGCAGUUUACUUUAAAGCUGAAAUAUGAGGGGGAGAGGCUGGAUGGACUGAUUAUUCUGAGCAGAUCCUUCAGUGACUCCCAAAGAAAUGAUGGGAGUCCAUCCACUUUGAUGCUGGGUGGACGGCAGUAUGUUCACGUGCAAAAGAUAGCCUAUUAUCACUAAGGUGGUGUGCAACUAACAGUGACAGCUAACACCAGCACUUCUUAUAUUUCAGGCAGUGUGAUGAGCACUUUAUUAUUUUACUGAAUCUUCAACAGUAGUCCAUCGAGGUAGGGACUAUUAUCAUUAUCAUUUUGUAGAGCAGGGAAUUGAGCUUUAGUGACCAAGGUCUCAUGGUUAAAGGGUGCUUAUCACAUAACUUCUACCUUUUUUAAGUAUUAGAAGAGGGAAAAGGUCUAAAAGCAAAAAUAGUCACCAUCAGAGUAAAGCUGGGGUUCUGUACUCUUCCAUUCUCGAGUAGGAGCUGACUUUUUUCCAACAUAGUUUUUAGAAAGAUUAAUUCCCUGACUUCCCAGACUUUCCCUCAGCAAGUAGCAGAGAGGGGUAUGCACGGAGGUAGGUGUGUAUUUAUUUGGUCACUCAGGUAGUAUUGACUGCCAGCUGACUGUGCAGUAGGCACUGCAUUUUAGGUACUGUAGAUAUAGUGGUGAGCAAACCUGGACUAGGUACAAGCCCUAUGUUCCUUAUAAUGUAGUAUGGAAGACAUAAUAAUCAAAUCUCACAAAUAAAUGUGCAAUUGAAAAUGUAGUAAGUACUGUGAAGAAGUCCAGGUGCUUUGAAAGCAUAUCAUAAGUCAAUCCAUACCUGGUCAGAGAGAUAGGAACCUAGACAGAGAGGAAACAGUCAGACUAAGGUUAAUUUAGUAUAAUAACAGAUGCUUGUAAUGACGAGCUUAAAUCAUUCAGGAAAGGUGAAAUUAUAUUGUGUCCUAUGUUU